UUUGGUUAUGGCUGUGCGGGAAAAAUCCAAGGCAUCCGCUUGAUAAAUGGGAGUUUUAAGCGAAUGGAACUCCUCCGCCGGCACUGGGUCCCGACUGGAAAUGGGGAAGUGAAGCCAGUGGCGAGUUGGUCAAUCCCUGACUCUGAGCUCCCCCAACCCGCCGCCCAGGAGGGGGGUCGGCACCCGCCCCAACCGCUUGGACUCUCUCCAUCUGGGGCGCUGGUCCUAGUGCUUGCCGAUUGCCCCCUCCUCGUCCAGCUCUCCGGAGAGAAGACCGCUCGAUCCAGUGGAAGGUGAAAGGCGUCCUUCUCCGGAUUACAAGUAAAUCACCGCCACACCAGAGGGGUGAAGAUGCCUUUCCACCCUGUCCAUACCGGCCUCUUGUAUAAAGGGAAUUACCUGAGCGGAUCUCUGUCCGACGGCAGCGAGAGCGAACAGUUGGCCAACAUUUCAGAGGAGGAACUGGAUGAAAUAAGAGAAGCUUUUCGAGUUUUGGAUCGCGACGGCAAUGGGUUCAUUUCAAAGCAAGAGCUGGGCAUGGCCAUGAGAUCCCUGGGCUAUAUGCCCAGUGAGGUGGAACUUGCAAUCAUCAUGCAGAGGCUGGAUAUGGAUGGUGAUGGACAAGUGGAUUUUGAUGAAUUUAUGACAAUACUCGGCCCUAAACUUUUGUCAUCUGAAGCACGAGAAGGGUUUCAUGGCAGCACAAUAGACUCGAUAUUUUGGCAGUUUGAUAUGCAGAGGAUUACACUGGAAGAAUUGAAGCACAUAUUAUUUCAUGCAUUUCGGGACCAUUUGACAAUGAAAGACAUUGAAAACAUCAUCAUUACAGAGGAGGAGAGCCUGAAUGAAAGUUCGAGUAAUUGUCAUACUGAAUUUGAAGUGCAUUCGCAAAAGAAGAAUAGACAGACGUGUGUGAGGAAGAGCCUGAUCUGUGCGUUUGGAGUGGCUUUCAUCAUAAGCGUCAUGUUGAUUGCAGCCAAUCAGAUACUCAGGAAUGGCAUGGAGUAA